UAUUUUACUCUUUUUGUUUUGCCCUCCUAGAAGGGCAUACCGUUGUCCCGAACCACAACGUGACGCCAAGUCGUUGUUGCUCCCUUCAUCAUAAAACGCAGCGUUUACUUCAGUCUUGGAAAACUACAGCUCCAGCUCCACACCGUGCAGUCCUUCUCUCAGUUAUACAAUUCGAAAGCAAACUGAGGAAACAUGCCGUCUCUUCAAACCGCACUGCCUCCUGAACUUGCCAACAAUGUUAUCAGACUUUAUCGUGAAUGCCUUCGACGAGCUAAAUACAUCGGUCAUCGGCAACAUAACACAGAACUUAUAGUUGACAUGGUGAGACAGCAGUUCAAAAAACACAUGCACGAGACAGAUCCAGAGAAGAUUCAGAAGUUGAAGGAUGAUGCGGCAAGGGGACUUAUAAAUCACAUACUAUAUGAGUCUGAGAAGAUGUCUGGUCGUAAAUUCAGCAAAAGCGCUUGAUGUUGUUCAGAAUUUCAAUUUAUGAGUGCUUUCAGUUGGUGUAUCAGAUCAUGUUUUGGCAAAAUAAUAAUAUAGACUUGAGUGGUCUCAAUUUUUCUUGUUUAUGACUUUCAUGUUGCAUGUGUUGAACCCAUCAGGUUGAAUGAAAUUGGCAUUUUUUAAAUU